UCUCCGCGGUCCGCAAUUGCCUCUACAGGGCGGGUACAUGCUGCCGUCCGAUAUAUGCGCAUCCGUCCUCCCGGACUGAGCUUCCGCCCGCCCUGAACGACUUUACCUCUGUGAGCCAAGACUCAUCAUGCUUUUAAUGACUGGACAUCAUCCCCCACGUUCCCCUCUCACGUCAUGAAGCGGACCUUUCCUGGCCUUAUCCCCUUUUGGACCUCUUCCUCACCAUCGACAGGGGACCACCCUGCUGACAGCUACUGCCAACGAUGAGCGCAACGAAUGUUGUGGACACGCCUACAGCCACGGAGCAAGGACCAGUGGGUCGCUUUGAGGUCUCCAAAGCAGCCCUUGCGGGUGUGAUCAUCGGCUGUGUUCUAGUCGUUUUGGUCAGCAGUAGCCUGGCGUUCCUCACAAAACGACGAGUGCAAGAGCAUCCCGACUUGUAUGCUCCUAGACAAGCCACCGUCGAUCAGCCGGCGAGAACCAGAACCCAAGGCUUGACCCGAGCGGUCCUCGACACAUUUCCUACCAUCACAUGGUCUGCACCAAGGCGUAGAGGUCGAGCGAUCAGCGAUGUGACACGGGACCCGGCACGCAUCGAAGAGGAAAUUGAAAGCAAGGCCAUCGGUACCACAAGACCUGUCGACGAAUGUCCCACUGGAGCUCUGCCACAAGAUCCACGUUACGAUAACGAGAAGGCAUCGCAGCUCGGGCGCAGGUCUCUAUCCCGCCCGGCAAGCUUACAGACGGAGGAACACGCGGAAAGGAGCCUGGCACAUGAUGUUGCAGCCCCUGCCACGGAGAAUCAAGACACACAUCGCCUUCGCCUCGCCGCAAGCAUCCUGUCCAUCAGGCUUGAAGCAAGUGCCAGCACAGAUGGGCAUCAGACAGAGCAGGCUCAGCCUGAAACUCUCUUGACAGAGAAGACUCACCCGCAAGAUCUGCAAAGAGCUGAAGGUGCUAGCCAGCCAAAUCACUCAGAGGAUGAGGAUGAUGGCGAUGAGUCCGAGGCAGAGAUGCUCUGUCCGAUCUGCGUCGAGAGCUUCGAAGAGGGAGACCUGUUGCGCAUUCUCCCCUGCGCCGGAAGACAUCACUACCACGCCAGCUGCAUCGACGUGUGGCUGCUGUCGCAUUCAGUCUGCCCUCUUUGUCGCACCGACUUUCUGCAAACGUCUGAAGCUGUGGCGGAUCAGGGAGCAGAGCAGGUAAAUAUCGGAGAGGCUCUGGAACAGGACCGAGCCGAGCCAUCAGAGGAGAGAGCUAGUCUGGCCUCGGCAAGUGCAAGCGAAACCGAUGAACAAGUCGAGACACUUAUCGAAGCGCAUCAAACACUACCGAAUGGCAAUGCAGGUUCGAGGAGCCCAGUGCCUCGCAGUGGGCUUUUCGCAGUCACACUGGAGGAAUACCGAGCUCGAAGAAGGGCAAUGCGAGCGGAUCGCAUCGGCUCAAGUAGUAUGGAUCGCUUCAGACUCAGUCGCAAUCGCAGGCCCAGACGAAGCUCCGCAGAGGACGAAGGGCCAGAAGAGGUUAUCGACACGAUCAUGGCACUGAGCGCAGAAGAUAGACGAUCUCCACUCCCACGAGAACGCCUGGCGUCCUCUACUUCUCGUCCUUCCUCGGCCAGUGGCAGAAUAUCGGGUCUGUUCUCUGUCGCUCGCGGAGACGCUGAGCAGCGACCUCGCCAUAUCUCACUUCCCACUGUCCCUCCACCGGUCUUGUGAAUGGUUGUCGAGAAGAGGGCGUCGAAGUUGUAGUUGAACGCGCGUGCGUUGUCAAGCUGAGAGU